GGCGCAUCAAUCGACCUCACGAUCCACUAUCAACCACCACGUCGACCCUACGAAACCAAUAUACAUCAACAAUAAAACCGUCAUUAUGAAGCUCGUCAGGUUUCUCAUGAAAUGCGCGAACGAAACGGUCACUAUUGAGCUUAAAAAUGGCACAAUCAUUCAUGGUACCAUAACUUCCGUAUCUCCACAAAUGAACACAGCUCUCCGCACCGUCAAGAUGACGCCAAAGAAUGGCACAUCUCUCACCCUUGAUGUCAUUAACCUACGAGGUUCCACAAUUCGUUAUUACAUUCUGCCCGAUUCGUUACCGCUCGACACAUUGUUGAUAGACGAUGCACCAAAGCCAAAGAACAAGGCGAGAAAGGAAGCUGCAGGCACUACCGAUACUAGAGGCGGUAGAGGUGGUAGAGGCGGACCUAGAGGUGGACGAGGUGGAGGAAGAGGAGGCGGCGGUGGAUUCAGAGGAGGACGGGGACGAGGCGGCGGAAGAGGAUUUUAAGGAUUGCAUAGAAUGGGCGGAUGGAAAAUUCGAUGAUCAUUAUGAUGGUAAUGGCGGCAAGACAAGAAUUUGGAAGGAAGAUAUUAUAUUAAGAAUGUUUGCUCUACUUGGCCAUACAGAACGGAGAUGAACAAGAGAGAAAGAUAGUGCCAUGCAUGUACAUGGUGUGGGAAUAUUGGCGUUUCGAGUGGCAUAUGAAAAGCAGCUAAAUCGAUCACUUACGAACGAACAAUGGGAUGCCCUA